GAAGACAUGUUGCACAGCCUCGACCAUACGAUUUCCUAACGAUACAUAAUAUCAACAACCAACUACACAAGGGAUCGUUGUGGUAAAUACGCACCACUACUAACGUUUAAAACCGACAAAAGUUUUAUUUCCGUAAACGUAACGUUUAUUUUGUCGCUUAAGUUACGUUGUUCAGAGACAGCAGCAUCACUGUUAACUGUCGGUCGUAACUUAACGUUAACAGUUUAGACGAAAGCUUACUGAAUGUUUUGAACAUGGAAAAACUCUUACGUAACAGAUAAAAGCUGGGUUUAGUUCUCGUGUUGCCUGGUUUGUUAGAGUCAGUAAGUUUGAAUCAAAUAGCCCUUGACAGAGCAGACAUGGCCGACAGCAGCAGUGUAGACAUGGAUCCAGAUGUUGCUCGGAGGUUGUUUGAGGAGGGAGCUACCCUGGUGCUCCUGGGUGUUCCUCAGGGCACGGAGCUGGGGAUUGACUGCAAGAGCUGGCAGGUUGGUCCCCGCUUCAAGGGUGUGAAGAUGAUCCCCCCAGGACUGCACUUCCUCUCUUACUGCUCUGUUAACCCGCCAAGCUGUGGAGGAGAAACUGGCCCAAAGAUGGGCCUCUUCCUCACUCUCAAACCCAGAGAGAUCCUGUUGGCCAACUGGGACCCAAAAAUAGAAGAUCUGGACUUCUCAGCCUCCCGGAAUGAAGAGGAGGUGAGCCGGAUCAGGGCGACCUUGCGAGACCUGGAUCCUUACCUGGGGCCCUAUCCGUAUGAGGUCAUGAGGAAAUGGGUUUCCCUCACUGACCGCCUGAGCGAGGAGGUGGUCAGUAACUUGCAGCCUCUCUCAGGUCGAAUAUGUGCCUUCAGUGACGUCAUCCCCGAGGUUCAGUUCAGACACACAAAAGACAGGGCAGAGCAGCCGAGGAACGACACCGCCUGCCAGACCAUGAAAGAGGGACUCGACAGGCUCCCCAGGAUGAAGCAGAGGGAGGGGACGGAGUUGCGCUUCUCGAUUAUCCCUGAGAAGACCUACCCUCCUGGGGCUACACCGGCCGAGAUCACACAGUGUAGCCUGGACCUGAGCUACGCACUGGAGACUGUGCUGGAGAAGAACUAUGAGCUGCAGCCUCUCAACCUGCUAGGUGAGCUGCAGUUUGCCUUUGUGUGUUUCCUGAUUGGAAAUGUAUAUGAGGGCUUUGAGCACUGGAAGUGUCUCCUCGCUUUGCUGUGUCGAUCAGAGGAGGCCAUGCGGAAACGUAAGGAGCUCUACCAGGGGCUCAUCGCUGUGCUCUACCACCAGCUCGGAGAAAUCCCACCUGACUUCUUUGUCGACAUCGUGUCUCAGAACAACUUCCUUACCUCCACACUGCAGGACUUUUUCCAGUUUGCCAGCGGACCCGGUGUGGACGGCACACUGCGCAAGAGAGCGGAGAAGUUCAAAGCUCACCUGACGAAGAAGUUUCGCUGGGACUUCGAUGCAGACCUGGACGACUGUGCCCCUGUGGUGGUGGAGCUGCCAGAAGGGGUCAUAGUGGACUGAGACUCUAAAAUGGACGUGCUGGAACCACAGGCAAGGAACAGGACUGAAAUAAUCUGACACUGAGGGAAAGCAGUGUAGCCUGGAAUUUUAUACUAGAUCCAAAGGUUCUCAGAAGCCUUGAGGAAAUUCGCUGCAAUGCCACAGUCCUCCAGAUGACCACACACUCUUACUUUCAGUAACACAGGUAGUUCUCUAACAGUGUUGAUGGUUGUUACAUGUCCGCUGUAUAUCAUCUUGUAUACAUGCACCAUUUAUACCCUGUUUUGAAGAAAUCACACUUUAUUAAGUCAUCCUAAGUGUUAAGUAAUGGCAAAGCCGCAUUAUUCUAAAUGUCAGUGGUGCCCUCUGGUGGUGGUUUUCUCUAAGCUCCGCAAACAAGUUUUCUUCUAUUGCCUGACAGUUUUUAGAACCCCAACUUGCAAUACAUUUAUUGCCAAAAUUAACCGCCUACUAUUUCUAACCUCACUACUGUAGUUGGUAUAAACAAAGUCAUAUGCAGAACAGAGUUAACUUCAUCAAUGAUGCAGCGCUUAAAUGUUCAGUUCACCACAUAACUGCAUGGAUGAAGACGUUCUAAGUGUUAACCUAAAUGUCUUAACUGUAUAAGAAUUCUCGAUAUACAGGAUAUUGCUGGAAGAAGAAAAGUAUAGUAUAUAUAUGUGUGACUGUUGUGAUUCUAUACCUCAUUUAUUAAAAAUAAAUAAUUUGUUAAAUAUAAAUGCUUUUUGUUGCCACACUGUUUAGAAAGUGUUGUGCUUUGUAAUGGUAAAUUGGUCCAAUAUAAAGAGCUAUUUUCUUCAAAA